AUGAAUUCAUCAAGAUUUGGUAGAUCAAAUUAUAAUAGAUUUAAUUCCAAAAAGACAAAAGAAAAGAGAUUUGCUCUGAAAAAUGGUGGAGAAUUAGGAGGGAUAAGUAAUGAUGGGAAUACAUGUUUUAUGAAUUCUGUAAUACAAUCAUUAGCUUCAUCAAGAACUUUAAUAAAAUUUAUUGACUCUUAUCUUUAUUCAGAGAUUGAAGUUGAUACAAACGCAAAUGGUGAAAAAAUUACAAUGAAAUCAAAUCAACCAAAACCUGAAUUAAUUUUUACAAACACUUUUAAAAAUCUUUUAGAUAAUGUUAAUGGUAAAUAUGGUUCAAAAGGUAAAGAAUUCAGUACAAAGCAAUUAUUAAAUAAAAUGCCAAAUGGACCAAAACAAAAUUUCUUUAGUGGGUAUAGCCAAGAAGAUGCACAAGAAUUUUAUCAACUAAUAAUGAAUAUAUUGGAAAAAGAAUUUAAAAAAAUGAGUGUUAGUAGAUUACCAACUCCAGAACCAGAAGAUGAAAAUAACAGCAAGCCAAAAGAAAAUAAAUUUGUAGAUGUUAGAAAUAUUAAAGACGUUAUUUCUGGUUGCAAUAGAUUAGGUAAAUUAGGUACGGUAUAUGUUCCAGCUGCACAAGUGGAUCCAAACAUUGUUGAUGCGGAAUAUAAAGUAAUGCCCUUAGAAUUAAUUACACCCGUUGAUGGAAUUACAACUGAACGAAUUGGUUGUUUGACAUGUGGUGAAGUCGGAGGUAUAAGGUAUGCAGUAAAUAGUGGAUUAAGUUUAAAUUUACCACAAAAUCAAUCAUAUUAUACAAGUACUUUUAAUAUUACCGAUUUAUUAAAUGAAUGGAUCAAACCAGAAAUCAUAGAAGAUGUUAAUUGUAAUAGAUGUGGAUUAUUACAAACUCAUGAAUUUUUAGGUUCAAAAUUAACAACAUUAUCAAAAGAAGAAAAUUCCAAAAUUAUAGAGCAAAUAGAAAGUCGAAUGAAAGCAAUUGAACUAGAAUUACAAAAACGACAAGUUACAGAUGAAGCAUUUGAAAAAUUAACUACAAAGAAUCAGAUCAAAAAAAGUAGGAAAUCAAAGCAAAUAUUUAUAGAUAGACCACCACCAUUAUUAUGCAUGCAUAUAAACAGAUCACAAUUUGAUCCAAAAACUUAUAUGAUUUUGAAAAAUCCUAGUAAUGUUACAUUUCCAGCUGUCUUAGAUUUAAAUCCUUAUAUUUUGGAACCAAAUGAUAUCAAUAUGGAUGCUAGAUUACCUUUUAGAAAACAAGAUGAACAAAGAUUGAGACAACAACAGCAACAACAACAGCAAGCUCAGCAUAUGAAUGGUGAAGCAAACGGUGAAGCAGACGAAGAAGUUGAAGAAGAAAACCAAGAUGAAAACGUGGAAUCGUCAUCUUCAUCCAAGACAGAUUCAUUCACUGAAAAAUUUGAGUCUGUUCAAACACCUGCAUCAAUUAUUGAUACCUCAUCUUCCGUGUCAAACAAUCCGUCAUUACUAUACAAUUUAAAAGCAGUUAUAAUUCAUUAUGGUACUCAUAAUUAUGGGCACUAUAUCUGCUAUAGAAAAUUGCGUGGAACAUGGUGGAGAAUAAGUGAUGAAUCCGUCUAUGUUGUAAGUGAAGAAGAAGUUUUGGGUGGUCAAGGUACUUUUAUGUUAUUUUAUGAAUAUGAUGAUGGGUUUAAGGAAAUUUUACAAGAUGUAACUGAUGAUGAAGAAGAAGUAGAGGAAGAAGAGCAACAACAAGAAGAUUCACAAAGAACUCAAACUCAAAGUGAUAGUGAUGAUGAAGAUGAAGUAGAAUUAUCAAAUAAUAAAGUACAAACAGAAUCAAACGAAUCUACAAAUAUAGUGGCCCCGUCGGACGAAAGUGACGUAAAUACUCAAAAUGGAAGUGUCGAACAUUUCGAAAAUAUAAGAAGUUUAGCAUCACACACUCCAUCAAUUAAGGAUGUCGAAAUGGGAGAUAAUGAAUUUGUAAAUGGAGAUGAAGAUACUAAUUUUAAUAUUGCGGAAGCUCAAGUUCAUUUAUGA